UGCCCGGCUUCCAGCAGUCCAGCUCAAACAGGAUGCGCUCUUUCUCCAACGGCGUCCCUAGACGCAUCGAGCUAAGCACCCACUACACGCCCAAUCGCGGCACAUCGACACCACAGACGGCCCACUUCCCCUCAUACUCGACCUCUCCGCUUGUCACGCCACAAAGCUAUGCGAUGCCCCAAAUGAGCGCACCGCACCACCUUUCGUCGUUUUCCAGCUCGUACCUUCGUAACGACUCACAGCAGAAUGAGCAGUACUCCGGCGUCGGCUCCGUUCUUGGCGAGGUUAUCGACAACUCCAAUCAGGAGCACGGCGACCGCAACGACCAGUCCUAUUGAGCGGCUGUUUUGCGAAUUUUCAAAGUUUUAGCAGGCGUUUAAAGUGGCGGCGAUUGGGCGGCAAAAUUCUGGGUCUGGAAAGAUCGGUGGGCCAGUGGAAACUGGAGUGAUGACAUGACGGCUGUUCUGGAAUCUCGUUCUUGGAUACCAGUUUCGCUUAUACGACCCUUGGAGGCUAUUUCAUAUGUCCUCUUAUCACGAUGGCGUCAAGCGUCGAGCGUUGAGCCGCAGGCGAUUUACCCCUUGCUAUCUUUCAUUUCUGUAACAAGCUCGGUCUUUCGCGCUUUGUUCCUGGCCAGAAAGCCAUUAGCGCUGCUGGUAUACCCUUCUAUGUAUGUAUUGUUCGUGGCCAGUGCCAUUUUUUGCAACGCCUUUAUUCUCUUCGUGGUGGACAUGUUGGAUUUACUCUUUUUCGGAGCUGUACACACUUUUCGGUUCUCUCUUUUUCUCUUCACGACAAAUGACCAAAUUCUCAAACGACGUCACAACAUCGCGUCACAAAUACGAAAAAUCUUCACUGUAGAAACAUUUGGCAAAGAACGGCCGAUCAAUGCAGCACGAGUUAAUGAUACCCCACAUUUUUUCAAUACGUUCAAUACUUCCCGCACAGCGAUUUUCUCCCCGACCCGGUUGUACUUGCAUGUAGCCUGGCCAGCAGUAGUGGCAGCGGGUAUAACAGGCACGGCUAGGGGACUAUCGCUACGUACCCUCUAUACCCAAGCGACAGCGACCAGUGCGAAAGGAACCGCCCGACACUUGAGGCGACAUGGAGGCAUAGCUCACGAUGACCCAAGGGCAAGCGCGCUCAAGCACGCAAACAAGCUUCACCGAUAAAACGAAUGGACAGUGCUACAUUACCACCACCCAUCACGGCUUCGCAGCGGCCGUGAUCCGAAAAAUGAUGCAGCAUGCACGCCUUGGCAAAAAACCGCUGUGUGACAAGGCAACGGGUUACUAGCAGC